AGGACGCAGCCAGCCGAGGGGUAAAUUAAAAAAUAUAAAAAAAAGUAGAGAGAUCAAACAAGACAUUCGAGCCACCACACCGAGAGCUACCCCUGGACCCAAGACACAAGGAUGGCAACCUCCGACGCCCCGGCGCAGGGUGCAGCCCCCUCCUCCCCGGCCCCCGCCCGCAUCUCGUCCGACUGCCCGGACGAGACGGCGCAGAUCCUGCGCGCCGCCGCCGCCCACGACGUCGCCGCGCUCAAGAAGCUGCUUGACAGCCCCGGCAAGGCGAGCGCGCAGGACCCCGCGACGCGCGAGACGCCGCUGCACGCCGCCAUCCGCUCCGCCGCCACCGCCUCCUCCUCGGACGAUGAUGCCAAAUCAACAGCAAAAACAAGAACAACAGAAGCCGCCAAGGCCACCCUGACGGAGCUCUUCUGGUCCGGCGCCAUCUGGAACGACGUCGACGACGCCGACGAGACGCCCGGCUGCCUCGCCCUGCGCCUGGGCCUGCCCGAGCUAUACACCAUGUGCAGGGACGCCGGCGUGCGCGCCGAGAUGCUCUUUGGCGUCCUGGACGGCUACGAGGCCCUGUCGAGCGGCGACGAGGACGAGGCCAUUGCCGAGGACGCUGCUGUUGCUGGUGACGCGGACCCGCUAGAAGACGGGGACGAAGCGCCGCAGCUUGUCGACGUCGACGCCAAGGGUGAGGAGGCGGCCGAUCCGACCGCAGUGCCGAGCAGCGAGGAGGAAGCAAAAUCCGCCCCCGCAGCCACCAGCGACGCAGACACAAACGCAAGCGCAGUACAGAAACAGGGCGAGCACAAGGUCGAGAGCGAGACGUAUCUCCGCUCCAAGCUCACCUACUUGGAUGGCAAGCUCGUCGACGACGACGGAAACGGCGUCAUGAUGGCCUGGGAGACCGAGAUCAUGCGCCGCAGCGUCCACGCCCUCCUCUCCCCCGCCUCCGACUCCUCCGCAGACCCCCUCCCCUCGGGCAAGCGCAUCCUCAACAUCGGCUUCGGCAUGGGCAUCAUCGACUCCAUGUUCGCCGCCACGAACCCCUCGCGCCACCACGUCAUCGAGGCCCACCCGGAGGUCCUCGCCCACGCUACCACAUCACCCGACUCGGCCUUUGGCGCGUCCUGGGAAGCCCGCGGCCCCGAGCCGGGCGCCUACAAGAUCUUUGGCGGUAGGUGGCAGGACGUCUGCCACGGCCUGCUCGAGGCCGGCGAGGUCUACGACGCUAUCUACUUCGACACUUUCGGCGAGGACUACUCGCAGCUGCGUCUCUUCUUCACCGACCUCGUCCCGGGUCUGCUGGACCAGCGUGGCCGCUUCGGCUUCUUCAACGGCCUCGGCGCCGACCGCCAGGUCUGCUACGACGUCUACACCAGGGUUGUCGACAUGCAUCUCUCCGAGGCCGGCAUGGACGUCGACUGGACCCCCGUCGACGUCGACAUGGAUCGCAUGCGCGAGGCCGGCGCCGGGGAGUGGGAGGGCGUCAAGAGGAGAUACUGGACUCUCGACAAAUACCAAUUGCCUGUGUGCACUUUUCUAGGCUGAGCAUCAAGCCUUGCCCAGACGACGAGAACUUGAUCAACCAAUGGCCACGCCAAUACCAAGACUAUAUAUAUCCAGACAGCGCCCAUCGACUCCUCGCACAAUCGUGUCCCAAGCUCACAACACCCUACUCAUGGUCUAUCACGAACACGUCCCUACCUGGCCAAGUGGUUCACGGUCCCUUGGAGCAUAGAGACACCCCGUAGGACUGCCUGGCGGGCUUAUUUGAAGUUGUCCGUGUUCCGGAUGCCCGCCACGUUGCCCUCCUUGACGCGCUUGAUGGUUAGGGCGGCGAUGAGUGCGGCGCCCACGCCACUGCCGUCCUCGGCCGCCAGGAUCUCAAUUGGGUCCUCCUCCUUGGGAUCCGUCUUCUCGGGCCAGUCGAGGAUCUCGCGCAGCGCCUUGGCCCCGCGCGCCUUGAAGUUGGGGUACUUGUUAAACACGGACCCGUCGGCGCCGACAUGGCACGACUCGUAGCCCUUCUUCUUGCAGAUGGCCGCGACACCGCACGACGAGAGACGCGCCGCCCGCGUGCCGAUGAGUUCGGCCGUCCUCCGGAUGAGCUCAAGCUCAUUCUUGUUGGGAUGGAUGUUGAGCUUGGACUGGAAAAGGUCCGACGUCUCCUGCAAGUUCUCGAAUGGGUCGCUACGAGAGAUUGUCAGCAGAGCCAACACUAGGCACUUUGAAUUCACCCCGACAGUGGUUUGGGUACGUACUCUUCAAUCGCGGAAAGGAAGGACGAAUCGAGGGUGUAGGCUCUACGCAGCUUAGAAAUGUCCUGGUUGGCAAAGAUGCGCGUCUCGUGGUUGUCGUGCAGGUCAACGAGGAUCAGCCGGAAUAUCUCGCCCAGGUACAGGCCGGCAAUCAUCUUCUCAAAGGCCUGUUGCCCGGGCCGGGGCGAGUCCUCGUCGAUCUUGACGUCGUAAGGAGUCCUCGGCAGGACCUUGUGCUGGUUGUCGAAUGCACCCCACUCGCAGUUUAUGGCCAUGGGCGUGUCAGGUGGCAGGUUCAUAUGGGCCAGCUUUGGGAUGGAGCCGCAGUUCUCCAUGUAUGCUGCGUUGCAGCCAGUGCCAAAGAUGCAGCCAAUCCUCAUCUUGGUGUCGGUGUAGGCCGAGGCGAUCAAAGUCCCCGUAGUGUCGUUGAUUAGCGCAACCAGUUUGACAGGCACUCCCUGACAGUGUAGGAAACCGG